CAAUUUUAAAAUCAUCAUAGUAACAAAACAAGCUAUUGUUUUCGUGUUUCGCAAUUUUUUGGAUUUCUCGUUAUAAGUAUUCAUAAAUGUAAUAAAGAAGUGUUUCAAAAGUUUUCUAAAUCGUAGAGCCACGUCCUUAUUCGGCUAAGAAAUGACAAUAGAAUGCCAAAGGUACGGAAAUUGAAGUCUCUGGUUCGAGCAAUAGAAUCAGCUGAAGCAUUGACACCGUCAUCCAAAGUUUGCCGUUCGUUAUCAGUUCGUCCCUUCACUGAUGACGUAGAUUCGUCGGUUUCGUUAAUUCCUCUACUCGAAAGGCAAAGUUUUAAUUUGCGUUCCGAGAAAGAAAACGAUAAAAACGACAAGUUAUCAGAAAAAUUUCGCUCCAAACUUGUGCUUGUGGAAGAUUGCAAGUCGCAGAAGUUGCAAAAUAUUACCGACAGUUUGAACCAUCCAACAAUCGCUGUGGAGGUUCGCAAACGAAAGUGUUCCGAAGACGACGGUAGAUCCGAGCCACGGUACGAGCGGAAGCGUAGAAAAUCCAAGGAACAGGAACCGGACGGGAAUGAUGCGACGGCAGCAAUUGCCGAAAGUCGGGAAAAACUGAAGUGUGCCCUGGGGCGUCACUAUUUCGAUGUUCGUCAACGCUUGAACCUGAACUACGUUUCGAGCUGUCUGCAGAAUGUGACACAGUGUGCCGUGCGUCAUUCCCGGCGACAGAAUCAGGCCAAACGAGUCAAAAGCUAUCGGGAACGUGAUGCAAAGGAGCUGCUGAUAGAGAAUCGACCGGCUCAGUUUCUGGAAUAUUUGGAACAGGCGGUGCUUCGCAAUGAGUUCGCUGGGGCUCAACUGUUUGUCAGGGCGUUGGAGUUGAUUUUGACGAUAAAUAAACCAUCCAAGCAGUUGAAUGCGGACUACAGCCUUUCGACCGUACUGCAACAGGCUGUGGAGGUUUUGGACCGCUCUGUUGAACACUUUCCACCCUGCUGGUUGGAUUUGAAGGUCGCUUAUCAGGAAAUCAUUUUCGGGGAACUGGAAGAAGAUUGCUUUGCCAGGUAUGACCGAAGUGAAGGUAUUUUCAAGGUGGUUUUAUGUUUGCUAGAGCGCUGUAUGGAGCGGGAUGACGGACAGGUGGGAAGAACUGUGAGCAACGAACGUUCGAUGGCUAGUUUCUAUCUGUGGGAACAAGAAAAUCAUCAAAAGUAUGAUUUUGAGUUGUUGCCUAGAGAGGAGAAGUUACAGAGGCUGUUUCUGGUGCUGCAAGUUUUAGUCAAGAUAUUGGAACUUGACCUGUCUAUGUGGAUCUUGAGGCAUCCGCAUAAAACAAAGGAAAACAUGGUGAAUGAAAAUCGACAGCCUCUAAUCGCCAGUUUAUUAUGGAACGAACAUUCCACUGUAGGCGAAGUAAAUUUACUCGUCAAACGUAUUAUCAAACUGUAUGUGAAUGUGAUAGCACUGAACUAUCCACCGGAGAACGUCGAAUGUGUUUCGCGCUUUAUUUCCGUGAUCGGAACCGCUAUCAACCUAAGCGAAAUCCAGUACGAUGGAACGGUCGAUUAUCCCUGCAUCAAGGACAACACACUGUACUUCGCCCAUCAGAUAUCGCGUCUUCUCGAGUCCUCCGGAUACUACAGUGUGUCGCUUUGUUUGCGUUCGAUCGAACAAAUGCGUUCACCGCUGGUUCGAAUGAUUCUGGUGGACGAUGUUCUCCAGCGGCUGAAUCACCAACUGGGCCCGCCUUCGGUAGCAUCUACAGUGAAGCACCUGGCCAAAAGCAGAUGGAAACAGUAUCGUUUGGAGCUACCCAUGGACAGUUCUAAUCCAUCAUUGGGUCGGUAUCCGCUUUUGGAUCCGAAUAGACAAAUAAAAUCGGCUCUAGAAAUUAGCCGACGACAGUACGUUGAUCUGUUGCUGAAAGGUUUCCAAUCGUACAUGGAAGUGUACCCUAUUCAAAGCUAUUUUCAAAGUUUAAAGCGUUCUCCGACGAUAGAAUCUGAUUCGCCAAACACUCCGUCGAGUUCUGGUUCUCAGCGAACGCCAACCACAGAGGAACUUCGCACAAAACGCUAUGACUUUUCCGCUUUGGAAAAGAAUAUCAACAAACUGUUGAAGCAACGCAAACCGAACAAAACGAUCGUUGGCAGUGCCAAACCGGAAUCCCUCAUUCCGAUGGUUUUGGAGGAGGUUAAUCUUAGUCCCAGCGUACUGGUUUACUAUCGCGAUGAGAUCAAACAUCUGCUGCUGAUUCAGCGCUGGCUGCGAAUGAAGGCGCCUGCCGGUUCGGAAGACAGUGCAAUGUUUGAUCCGUGGAAACGCUACAUGGCAGCGCUAGAUGAAACCCUCGGUUGCGGGUGAUUGCAGUGGUAGGUUACGAUAAGAGAUUAGAGUAGUUACGUGGAACUGGAACCGGCAACAAUAAAUCGAGUUAUAUUUAUCAAUA